AUGACUGUACUUGAUUUCGGACCCAUCUACACACCCACGGGAAACAUUGCACAGAUCGACUAUGCACAGAAAAGCGCAGACAAUGGAAGCACCUGCAUUGCAAUGAAAAACAACAAUGGUGUUCUUAUAGCGGUAGAAAAACCAAUUGAUAGCAAUUUGUACAUCAUAUCGGAGGACAAGCGCAUAAAGAAACUUACGAGAAACUGUGUUAUAGCAGCAACGGGCCUCUUAUCAGACAUGAUAUUUUUUAAUAAUUUGGUUCAGAGGGAGCUAGUAGGACUGCAGGGCCAGAUGGCAGGUCUUCCCGCUAACACGGCCAAGAAAGUAAUUUCGAUGCACUGUUCCGAAUUCACUCGAUACUACGGAUGCAGACCGCUGGGUGUGAAUAUGUUGAGCGCUGUGAACGAUUCAGGUAGAUAUACCUUAUACGUCACAGACACGUCGUCCAAAACACGAGAGGUACGGGGGUACGCAGUGGGCAAGGGAGCAGCACGGGCAAAAACAGAGUUGGAAAAGAUAAACAUUGAGGAAUUGAGCCGUAAGCGGAUGAUUGACAACGCAGUGCGCAUACUUUACAAAUGUUUUGACCCCCUGAAGGACAAGCCUUUUGAAGUUGAGAUCGGUAUUUUGGACAGGAGCGGUUAUCGAGAGGUUCCUAGGGAAGAGUAUAUCGAAUUUGUGGAGGCCUAUAAGGAUUUAAACGUUGAUGAUGAUUAAAAAUGUUCUAUCUGUGCACA